AUGGCGCCGGCGAAAAAUGCCACUCCACCCGCAACCACCAUCACCACCACCACCACCACCAAAUCAUCAUCAAACCGGGUACAAGAAGAAGAGGACGAGAAGCUUAGCCAGGAGUGCAAGGAGUUGCUUCUUUCCCUUCCAAGGGAGAAAGGGUGGAGAACAUCUUACCUCUACAAGUUCAAAGGGUUUUGGUGCCAACCCAAGCAGAUUCAAGCCAUCCUAUCUUUCCAAACCCACUUCCAGGUCAAGGACACCGACGUCAUCGUAGCCUCCAUCCCUAAAUCAGGCACCACCUGGCUCAAGGCCUUGGUAUUCGCCAUCUCGAACCGAGACAAACACCCUAUUCUAACCUCAUCCAAAUGCCCACAUGACCAAAACCCCCAAGCCCACUUGCAACUGUCCCAUCCUUUGCUCGUCUCAAACCCUCAUGACCUUGUUCCUUUCUUCGAGUACAAGCUCUACGCAAACACUGAUGGAGAUCAAGGUCUCCUCGACCUCUCCGGGCUCCCUGACCCGAGACUCUUUGCAACCCACAUACCCUUCGGAGCUCUACAAGAGCCCAUCAAGAAGUCGGGUUGCAAGAUUGUGUACAUAUGUAGGAACCCUUUGGACACCUUCAUCUCCUCGUGGGUCUAUACCAACAAGCUGAUGAAAGAGGGCGGCCUUCCACCUUUGCCCUUGGAGGAGGCAUUUGAGAUGUAUUGCCAAGGGGUGGUUGGGUUUGGUCCAUUUUGGGAGAAUAUGUUGGGGUAUUGGAAGGAGAGCUUGGAGAGGCCAGAGAAAGUGUUGUUCUUGAAAUAUGAGGAGAUGAGAGAGGACCAUGAAGGGCUUCAUUUGAGGAAACUGGCCAACUUUCUUGGCUGCCCAUUUUCGUUGGAGGAAGAGAAGAGUGGUGUGCUAGAGGGGAUUGCAAAGCUUUGUAGCUUUGAGAAGCUCAAGGAUUUGGAGGUGAACAAGAGUGGGAGUGGGGCGAUUAUGACCUUUGAGAACAAGCACUUGUUCAGGAAAGGGCAGGUUGGGGAUUGGGUCAAUUACCUGUCCCCUUCCAUGGUGGAGAAGUUGGCUACGGUCAUGGAUGACAAGCUUGGUGGCUCUGGUCUUGAGUUCAAACAGUUCGUUUCAUACUAA